AGGAGGUCUGCUCAUCAGCCCUGGCUCCUCCCCCUCCAUGAGUCAGGCUGCUCUUCUGCUUCCUUAUAAGAGCUCUUGGCACUUUGGCUGCUGCUGCCAUUUUUCCUUCCUGCUUGUUUCCUCCACACAUCAGAAGCAACAUGGCAUCUGGGGUACAAGUACACGAUGAUGUGAAGAACAUCAUGGACGAAAUGAAAGUGGUGAAGGCGGAUUCUGACCAGAAUGAGCGCAUCAGACUGGUGGUUCUUGAAAUCAAAGAUGGCUUCAUUGUGAUUGAGCGGAUUUUCCGGGAGAAGGACCUGGCCAACCAAGACGUCUUCAAGCAGUUCCUCUCGCUGCUGGAACCCUCCAAAUGCUGCUACAUCCUGUACGACUGCCACUUCGAAACCAAAGAGUCCAGUAGGAAAGAGGAGCUGGUCUUUGUGAUGUGGGCCCCUGAAACCGGACAUAUCAAGGAAAAAAUGCGAUACGCUAGCUCAAAAGACUCUCUUAAGAAGAUCCUGACGGGUAUCAAACAUGAGCUGCAGAUGAACGACCUGUCAGAUUAUGGGACCAGGCAAACUUUUGGAGAGCGGAUGGGGAAAGGCGUCGUAAAACUCGAGGGCAUCGAUCUUUCUUGAAUCAUGUCACAAACUGUCUCCAUUUCAUCACAGCCGACUGAGUCACAUUUUUAGACGUUGUAGAAGCUCUUUUGGACCAACUCCACCACUGCAGGGUUGGUUUCUAAAUGUCCACAUCAAAAUAUUGGGUCAAUUAGACUGUAGUGUAUUUAAAACUCUGGAAUAAAUUGUUUCAACUCCUUAAGUACCCCAGUUAAUGCUUUAUCUCCAUUGAUUGUAACUGCAACUUUGAUCAGUGUCAAACCUUCUCCACUGCAGCAGGAAUAAAAAUAUACAUUUGACAA